CUUGCGGCUGAGGAGAUGCGAGGCAUGGCUCCGUUUGACGUGGUAGUAAAAAGAGUUGUACACUCUGUAUUCCUGAGUGCAGCCGUCAAUGCCGCAGAUGACACGGAAAUUCGGACUACGGCUGUGUACCGUAUUGAUGUGGUUCAGCAAUGCUCUUAAUGUCACUGCCACAAAAAGGCAGCAGAUGAAACAACGCCAAAUCAUUUUACUGUGUAAAGACACCCUCAUAACAGCCCUAACCGAGGCCUCGACCCCACAGCAGACCGCGAAAAGGAUCGUUGUAGUGGCGGAAGGUUACAUCAAUAGGAAAGGGUGGUACGCUGUAAAUCAUUUGAAGUUGGUAAUGCUUUAAAUAUAUACAACUCAAAAUAAGGUGUUUAGGAUGUAAGACUAUUGUAAUUGUCUUAAAUUUCAAAGUUUGUUAGUAAUUUUUAAUAAAUUUUAUAGCCCAUUAUUUGAACAGCGGAUGUAGACACUACAGACGUAGUACUGCGGUUCGAGUAGCGCCCUUCUUCCUCCGAGAAAAGCGGGAACGGCUGUUAACAGACUGGAGAAUGGAGCUGCACUGUUAGCUCACCGCUAGCUAUCUGGAUUGGCUAGCAGUUAGCUAACUAAAGUUUUUUUCUGUGUACCGUUAGCCUGAAGAUGAACCUUGCUCACUAAUAUCAAAUCUCCUUGUAAGCCCUGCUGCCUUUGUGAGCUAGCUAAAAGUAAGAUAUCUGACUUUUGCUGGGACACCCUUGGAGACCUUAGCUAGCUAACUAAGCUACAUAUCUGGAACCCACUCCCUCAGAUGUCCGUUAUGGAAAAACUGGACGCAGUAUCAGCGGCUACCUUACAAGCUGCAAACAUCAGUGAAGCCUUGUUACCAACCCUGUCCCGUGAAGACAUACGUGAUCUUUUUCCUGGACCUGAACAUUUUCUUAGGAGAAAAGCCAUAUGGAACCUGUUUCACACAGAUCAAGAGCAGGGGCAGCAGGCAGCAUCCCCCAAUCAAGAGAAUGGUUCGAAUGGCAGAGGGCUGGCCACUGUACAAGUCAACCCUUGUGUUUCAGAAACUCCUCGGUCUCCUGAUGUGCAAGAGACUCCGAGAACCUGGCAGCUACCCAACCCUGAGUAUGUUGUGUAUACUGACAGUGAGCUGGAACAUAUUAGAAAGCAGUAUUUUGAAAUGCAGCUUGUUGGCCAAGAAGGUGGAUGCACUCUUUCAAAAGAACUUCGCUGCCGAUUAGUGAGGAACACGGUGACCAACAUGGUGUCCAUCAUCAGAGCAACUACUACUGAAUUUAUGUAUCCAUCCAAAAAUGAUUUCCAGGCUAUGGCAAAGCGGCUUGUGGAGUAUUAUCCAAUGCUUCGUGAUAACUCUGUGAACUGCAGACACCCUUGGGAAUUGCUUUUUAAGCAAUUACUGAAAAGACUCCACAACAUAAAGACACCAAAAAAGCGUCAGGGACCUACACCACAAAGACAGAGGAAACGAAGACGACUGAAUUUGGAGUGUUCAGAUGAUUCAAGCACAUCAGUCUCCGAGUCACCAGGAAGCACGGCAUCAACUGUACUCUUAGACAGAACAAGAAGCAGCGCAUCAUCUUUGGAUGGCAUGAAUUCACCUGCUGAAAUUGUUGACCAGAGAGGAGAAGCUACUGAAGAUCUAGGAGUCCAUUCUGGCACUGAAAGUCAGCAAAGUCAAGCAAGACAUUACCAUACCCUGCAAGAGAUGUAUAAAAGGCCGAAACCUAACAAGGAGGCAGUUGCUCAGCUGCUUGACCUUGAGUUUGAUGCUCGUAGAGCCUUUAUCAACUCUGACACCUUGAGAGACCAGGACAGGCCAGCUAACAUACUACAAGCAUACCCCUGUUUCAGAGAAGUAGAUCAUGUUAUGGACGAACUUCGCCGUAUUCUUGACAGAUCUAACCCUGACUUUAUUUCUGACCUGAAGACCCGCUGGGAGAGCUUUAAUAGCAAAGCUCAGUUCUAUGGGGUAUUUAAAAAGGUUCUGGGACCGCCAACAACACAGGACAAAGUGACACGCUCUGUAGCCAUGAUGAAGGCUCUGCCUGAGAUGUUCCCUUCACCUGUGGCCCUACCCAAGAAGUUGGGACAUGCAAGUGAGGCGAUGGUGCAUGUUCUUGAGCCCACAGAAAACCCAACCACCUACCUUCAGAGAAGACCAGUCUUCAGUCCAGUUCUGAUCGUUUGUGAUAACAACUGCAUGCUGGCCAUUGGGUCUACACCUGUGACAACUUUUCCAAAAGAAAACAUAGACACAGGUGUGCUCUAUCUUUUAGCGUACUACUACGCAUUUCAUCUGACUUAUCCAAAGUGCAUUGCAACACUCCUGUCAAUACUUCAGACAGAAGUUCUGCAGGAUGCCAUUCAUGAUCGGGAUGCAACUUCAUCCUACAAAAAAACUUUGUCAGAGUGGAAAAAGUUCAUUGGGGAGUAGAGAAAGUACCCUAUGGCCAUGCAGCAGUUGCUAUCAUUACGGGUAUUUGUUACACCCCUACUGAUAAUGUGAUUUGAUUUGUAUUACAUACAUCAUUAUUUGGUCAGUCAAACAAUUGAGAUGAAAAAAUGUAAUUGGGUUUAUCCAUAUUUUUGCUAUUAGUGGUGGUAUGUGGUGCAUGGCAGACUUUGGUUGAGGAAAAAUCAGUUCUGAUUGUUUAAGAUGUUUGAUGUGUAAAUAAUAGAGCUGGUUGUUUACUACGUUUGUGUUUAAAUAACAAAGCUGCGUUAGGUAUCUUAGUUCAUAAAAAUGCUCUUUCUCAGAGAAGUUUAAUUGUUAAAAAUAAAACACCAUAACAAACAUGGUGUUCUUUUGUUUAUCUAAGCCAAAAGAGACAUGUGUCUUUUGUUGUAAGUUUUAAAAUGAGGUUGAGUUACCACCACCAUACUGCACACUUGUUAAAUUCUAUGUAGCCUCAUUGGAACUAUUUUUGUAAGUACAUAUUUCAUGUCUCUGGAAUUAAUAAAAAAAGAUUGACCAUA